AUGAUUGAAACAAAGUCACUUAUUAAUGAAACAUCUCCUGUUCGUCAUCGCAGCAGUACUAUGUUCGAUGAUACUGAUGACCUUGAACUUAAACAACGUUUAGAAAAAUUCGAACGUGAAAUAGUUGAAUUAAAAUUUGAAAAUUCCUUUUUUGAAACAGCUUUGGAACGGAAAAAAUCUGAAUCAAUUAUUUCUCAUACUGCAUCAACCAUACCACCAGUUAGUUCAUCUCAGGCAACAACACCAACUGGUUCCUAUCAAGAUUUAACAAAUGCAAGUACAACAAAUCGAGGUGAUCGUUUAGCACGUAAACAAUCAAAAUCUCGAAGUACUCAAAGUGAUCUUCGUAUACAUUUAACAUUCGAACAAAAACUUGCUAUCAUAAUAUCAGAAUUAGAACAAAGAAAAAUUGACAGAAUACGUCGUGAAACAAUCAAUGAAAAAAGACUUGAUCAAUUUGAGUCUGAUGUUGAAUGGAUUGAUAUUGAAAUAUCGGAUUUUGAAUUAUCUAUAGCAGAAUUUCUAAAAACAAAAAAUUUAUCAAUUGAUAAACGUACACAUAAAGUACUUGGUGAAAAAAUAGAUCGUUAUUUUCAUGAUCAUCUUCAAGCACGUGAAUCAUUAAUAAAUAAAUUACGUGAUCGUUCAUCAGGUUUCAAAAGACAAAUAGUACGUUUAGAUGCACAAUUAAAAGAAAAAGAAGAAAUGGGAGAAACAUUAACUGAAGUAGAUUUUAAUCAAUUAAAAAUGGAAAAUAAACAAUAUUUAGAUAAAAUUGAUGAGAAAAAUAUUGAACUUGUUUUACUUAAACAAAAAGUUGCAAAAAUUACAAAAUUACUCAAUUAUUAUAAAGCUAAUUUAAAUACAAGUACAAUAGAUUUAAUUGAUAUUCAACAACGGAUUAAUAAACAAGAUACAUUAUAUGAAUUUACUCAACAAGAAAUAAAUAAAGCUAAUUAUGAAAAAUCUCGAGCUAGUAAAAAAAAUCAUAAUUUAAGUUAUCAAAUAGAAAAUUAUCAAGCACCAGAAAUAUUAGAUUAUGUUAAGAGAAAAUCCUUAUUGUGUAAUCUUCAACGUGAUUGUCAAGUUUGGAAACGAAAAGUUGAACUUGUUUCAGUAAGAGAAUCGAAUUGA